AUGCGUCAGCCAUCGCGAAAAGCGCCAGUAAGUUGCACUGGCGCACUUCUUGUUUUACUUGUAUUCUAUUUUUCAGAGCAUUUUUUAUUUUCUUGCAAAAAUAAAAAAAAAUACAGUCCAACUUCCGUAAUUUUUUCAGAUUUAAUGAUAUAUUUAUUUAUUGCUUUACUGUUUCUUCCCGCAUUAUCCCAAGCAGGGACUGAGGCUAACUUCGAAGAUACACGAUGUCGAUGCAUUUGUCCGAGUCUUUUAAAAUUUCUCGACUUGGCUGAAAAUACAACUGAAAAAACAGAAGGAUUGAGGAGACGAUUUUAUACAAAAACUAACAUCGAACCGAGCCAUUGCAAGCCAAGCAACAUUGUGAAAGAUCAAGUCAGUAACUUCGUUGACGAGACCCAUAUGGAUGCAUUUCUUGCAAAUUGCGACUGCCGUUAUGAGUCACGAAACACUGUGCUCUUAAAAGUAGUUGUAAUAUUUGUAAUCUGUGUGAUCGCUGUUUUAACGGGAUACAUGGUAUUCCUUAUGUGCCUGGAUCCAAUGCUCCGGAAGAAACGAUUAUCGAUCAGUUAUCAACAACAUAAUGAUGAAAUGGAGGAUAAUAUCUUUGCUGCUGCUCCAUCAACUGACGAUGAAUCAUCUUCAGCAAGUAAUUCAAUGGAUACACAAGGAACCACACGUGCGAGAAGUAAUGUUCUCGGACGCGUCGAGGCCGAACAGAAUCGUUGGAUGAAGAAGGUCGAGGAGCAACGAAGGAAUAUCUUCGAAGAUCAUACAAUGCUCAACUAGUUACUUUUCAAUCAAAAGGGUUUAAAAAUCAUUCAUAAUUUAUUAAAACCGUAUGAUGUAUAUUUUUGUCAAAUACUUUGCCAACAAUUUUUCACCUUCAUAAACACUUUUCUCAUU